CAAGUGGGCGGGUUUGUUUUGCUUGACCGAAUGUUUUGUUUUUCUGCUCAGAUGGGGUUGCCAGGCUAAGCACGAAGCUGCGACGGUAACCGGUUUCACAGUGACCUUGUAACAGCCUACUGGAAGAUAAAGCCAUGGGGAAUACGAGCAGUGAGAGGGCUGCGAUGGGCCAUGGGGAGAAGGCUCAGCGGAGGGACAGCCGAGGUACAAAAGAGGGAGAGAGGCCAAAAAUCCUGAUGGAUAGCCCGGAGGAUGCAGAUAUUUUUCAUGGAGAAGACUUGAAGGCUCCGUUAGAGAAAGAGGAGUUCCUCGCGUGGCAGCAGGACCUGGAAGCAGAAGACAAAGGGCCAACUCUAGAUCGACCGACAGUGUUUCGCUGGACUGGUGACGGAAAGGAGGUCUACCUCUCUGGAUCCUUCAACAACUGGGCCAACAAGAUUCCUCUCAUUAGAAGUCAGAACACCUUCGUGGCAAUCGUUGAUCUACCCGAAGGGGAGCAUCAGUACAAGUUUUAUGUGGACGGCCAGUGGACCCACGACCCAGCAGAGCCUGUUGUAACCAGCCAGCUAGGCACAGUCAACAAUGUCAUCCAGGUGAAGAAAACAGACUUUGAAGUGUUUGAUGCUCUAAUGGUGGACUCGCAGAAAUGCUCCGACAUGUCAGACCUAUCCAGCUCACCUCCUGGUCCCUAUCACCAGGACGCGUAUGUUCCUAAACAGGAAGAGAAGAUUAAGUCUCCACCCAUACUCCCGCCUCACCUCCUGCAGGUCAUCCUCAACAAAGACACUGGCAUUUCCUGUGACCCUGCGCUACUCCCAGAACCCAACCAUGUCAUGCUCAAUCACCUCUAUGCUCUUUCUAUUAAGGAUGGAGUGAUGGUGCUCAGUGCGACACAUCGCUACAAGAAGAAGUACGUCACCACCCUGCUGUAUAAGCCCAUCUGAUUGAAGACUCUCUUUUUAAUAACAACCCAGUGUAUUACCGGUGCACGGAAUGUACAAAAUAUAAGCUCCGCAAGUUUAUUUAUUUUUUUCUCCCACAUAAAAAAGAGACACGGUGUGAAAUGUGAAGAAGCAGCUCUGAACCAGGUGGAGGAAACGGAUAAAAUAAGGAAUUAAGUAUUCAGGUAUAAUAAUAUGGAAUGAUAAUAUUGGAAAGCAAAAAAGUAAUGAUUAAGUCAAGACAAGGAAUGUAUAGGAAAUAGGAACAGAUCAAUCAUUUGAAAAGAUUCCUGUAUACAUCUUCUUCAAGAGGUCAUUUAUAUGUUGACUUUAAAUUAUUUAAUACAGUCUGGAAGGACAAAGGCCACCAUAUCAAUUCAUCUGAAGCUUGAAAGGCUAAAAGCUCAGAGGUUAUAUAUUGUACACUCCUUUUAUAUCCAGUUAUUUUAUACAUCUGUUUAGGAUGGUACAUGUCAUCCCACCAAUCCUUCCUAAGCUGCCUUUAUCUGUUCACUGACCGCCCUUUAUCGUUCUCUACAGCAGUAGAAUACACAGGCAAUAAUGACUGACGUGUUUGUAAUAAACCCAAGUGGAAGGAAUCGUGGUGAUCGCUAAUGCUGGGAAAACCUGACCUCAGAUAAACAAGGCUGCUGUCGUCUUUCCCACUGUUGAGAAGGUUCUGUUGGGAAUGUGAUUCAAGGUCAGAGAGAAAAGAAAAAUGCACUGCAGUAGCUCUCCACUGUUUGUCUUUUGCUGUUUAUGUUGAACGUGACGACAUAUCUCGAUAGUGAUAAUCACACAGCGCACAUCUUCCUCGAAGUGUUAAUAAUAUCUAAUAUAUCUUUUUCUACACUGAUUAACAACGUGGUUUGUUUUGUUGACGCAUGUUGUCCUUUAAAAAGAAGUUGAGGCGUUGUGGCCGCGACCAUUCCAGUCAAAACUUGAGGCAAAGAAAAACGCCUCGUAGCAGAUAUUUUACUUUGUAGGAUGCGAACACUCUCAGCAUGACGAGGUUUCAGAAGCAUAAUGAAUAUAUUUUUGAACAUUUAUGCAGGUUUAGAUGUACUGUUGCACAAAUAUGUUUCUUCUUUCUUUUACACAAUGUGAAUGCAUUCAGUUAGGAGAUAGCUGAUGCCUGCUGGCUUUACUUUAAGAUGGCAUCAUUCGUUUGUGCCAUACACCACUGCUGACUGUCACGAUUAGGUUUUAUAUCAUUGGAAUCAUAUUGUAAAUAUGAAUCAGUGCACUUUUAUUAAUAGUAUACACAACAAGUGGGUCUUUUUAUACGUUUCUACAGUAGCCUACAAUGGACAAACUAAACACUGACUACGUAACAUGGACCAUAUUUCUUCAGCACGACUGAAAUCAUUCUGAUGAGUGAUUCCUAUUAUAGAUAGAUAUAUGCGUUCACAUGCCCUUUACAACACUUUUUUUUUGACAUGGGCAAUGUGGUUCUGCCUACUGCGGAGCAGAAAUAUAGAGAUAUAAGAAAAGAAGAAGUUUUCUUCUACCUUUAUCGUUGAUACAGAAUUCUUUCAAGUGUUUGCAUGUUUAAUGGUUCAGUGGAAUAUCAGAGGUUCACACCACCCCUCUCAAUCCAGUUCUCAAAUCCUUUCCAAGUGGGCCGGAUCAGGCCACACUGUUACAUGAGGCAUUUUGGGCUUAUAUUCUGAUUAUUACUGAAAUACUAAUGUCCACCUUAAUGGAAAAAGCCAGUGACUCUAGAGAACGCCUUUUGGGUAUUCCGCACCCAUGGAAAGACCUGUGGCGUCAUAGCUAGAUGCCAGUAAAUCCUCCACACUGGACAUUUAAACAGGAAACACUUGCAAGUAACAACACUGAUAAGAGGACCAGCAUAGGAUCGUGUGGCACACUCAGUACUGUUCACGGGUUUCUUGUGAUGGUAAGUUGGGACUGUUAAUGGUCAGUGUACGUUUCAUGAAGUCUGAAGGACUGCAAUGUUGUAGUUUUUUCUUAUGUUGUUUUUUUUCCUUGAACUUGAAUCAGCAUCAAUGUAAUGAUAGUAUCUUGGUAAGACUGUGAGAGAUUUUAUUUUCAUUUGUUUGUGUUAGCUCUGCUGCUGUCUAGUAGCCUACAUGCUAAGGAUCUAUAAUGUGAAGAUGCUAGACGUUCAAACACAUUUCAUUAUCACUAGAUAUGUUGUUGACCUGUUGAAGCACACUUUCUGUUCUGAGAUAUAUUUCUAUUAAACUUUAAGUUACAAA